AUGCUUCCAUUAACUGGAAAAACAAUCAUCUUUGAUAACUUUCCUGAUCCUUCUGAUACGUGGGAAAUCACCGAAACGAUUGGCAAAGGAACUUACGGGAAAGUUUUUAAAGUAUUGAAUAAGAAAAAUGGCCAAAAAGCAGCAGUGAAAAUUCUGGACCCAAUUCAUGAUAUCGAUGAAGAGAUUGAAGCAGAGUAUAGCAUCUUAAAGACGCUUUCCGACCACCCCAAUGUCGUCAGAUUCUACGGGAUGUACUUUAAGAAGGAUAAAAUAAAUGGAGACAAGCUGUGGUUGGUUCUUGAGCUGUGCAAUGGAGGAUCAGUGGCUGAUCUUGUGAAGGGAUUUCUGAAGAAGGGCAAAAGAAUGAGUGAACCCAUAAUUGCCUAUAUUUUACAUGAAGCACUAUUGGGCCUUCAGCAUUUGCAUAACAACAAAACCAUCCACCGUGAUGUAAAAGGAAAUAACAUUCUGUUGACCACUGAGGGUGGAAUCAAACUCGUAGAUUUUGGUGUGUCUGCACAGCUCACCGGUACUCGGCACCGUCGGAAUACAUCCGUAGGAACGCCAUUUUGGAUGGCUCCUGAGGUGAUUGCAUGUGAACAGCAACUGGAUACCACUUAUGAUGCCAGGUGUGACACAUGGUCCCUGGGGAUCACGGCCAUCGAGCUAGGGGAUGGAGAUCCUCCACUAGCCGACCUGCAUCCCAUGAGAGCGCUCUUCAAAAUUCCAAGGUCAGAGAACUAA